UAAUCACCAAUUAACUAAAAAUUGAUAUGCGAUUAUUGGAAAAAAUUAAAUUGCAAACUUGAAAAUGGCGUCUGUCCAAAUUGUUCUGCUUUCAUUUAAAGAAGGUGACCUGGUGAUGGUGAAUUGAGGGUUAAGUUAAUCCUUUAUUUCUGUGUUUUCAAAAUUCCCUUAUUGUAAACUAAAAGUAUUGUUAAAAAUCUAUUGUCCAGAUUAUGAAUAUUCGAAAAUUAGGUUGGCAAAUAUAUACUUCUUGUAAAAAUAGAACAAGUUCUUCAAUGCAUAUUCAAGGAGCUCCAUAAUGCAGUUUAAUCUGUGCAGAAUUACUAGCAAAUAUUUUAUUUUAUCUUUAAUCACUUACCACUCAAAAUUUCUAUUCAUCAGCACAUCAGCUUGAGAAUCAUUAAUUAUUAGUGAACUGUGGAUGAGAUCAAAUAAAUUUGCCUAUCUGAAGAAUCGGGCUACUAAACAAUUUUCAAAUGAUAUUAAUGGUUAACAACUAUAAAGCCAAAAUACAGUCACCAGCGAGAAAUGUAUGUUGAAUAAAUCAAGAAAAGCAUGUAUAAUAGUUAAGUCACCAUGAGCGCAACAUUUUCGGAACCUCCAACCAUAAAAUUGGAGGAGACAAGCGAAAACGUUACAGAAAUUCAGUCCUAUUUAGAAGGGUUCCAGAAGGAGAUCGUUGGAGAUUCUGUUGUUCAACCUAGUUCAGGGAGUGAAGAACAAGAAGUGGAAAAUGAACAGGAAGAAGGAACUUAUUUUGUUGACCAAGCUGGGCACUACUAUUAUCAGGCUAAGGGUUCAACCCAACCCGUCAUGACAGUAGUGCCAACAAUUGCAACAAGUGGAGAUACUGAUGAAUACGUUAUUAAUCAGGAGAAUGAUGAAGAGGGUGAGGACGGAGAAGAGCAAAUUAUCCAACAAAGUGAAGAUAACCAGUUUGUGAUUAGUUCCGGCAAUGCAUACCAAAGAGUGACAGUAGUACCAUCUGAUAAUAAUUCCGGCGAACUUAGCUAUGUGCUUAUCGUUCAAGAUCCCUUGGAUAUUAAAGAAGGAGAUCAGACUGACGGAGAACAAGAUAUGACUGUGUAUGAUUUCGAUGAUGCUGAAGAUGGAGGAGUAGUAGAUUCAGACGAAGACGACAAAAGUAAAAUAGUUAAACUUUUACCUAGAAAAUCCCAAGUUGUUGCACAAGCUCACAUGUGCAACUAUUGCAACUAUACCAGCCCCAAACGGUAUCUUCUUUCCAGGCACAUGAAAUCGCAUUCUGAAGAACGUCCCCAUAAAUGUAGUGUAUGCGAGAGGGGCUUUAAGACCCUAGCUUCCCUUCAGAAUCACGUGAACACCCAUACUGGAACAAAACCACACGCUUGUAGGUACUGUGAUGCAGCUUUCACUACUUCAGGAGAAUUAGUGCGUCACGUAAGAUACCGCCACACCCACGAAAAACCUCAUAAAUGCACAGAAUGUGAUUAUGCUAGCGUCGAACUCUCCAAAUUGAAGCGCCACAUUCGUUGCCACACGGGGGAAAGGCCUUAUCAAUGUCCACAUUGCACGUAUGCAAGUCCUGAUACUUUUAAACUUAAGAGGCACUUAAGAAUCCAUACUGGGGAGAAACCUUAUGAAUGUGAUAUUUGUCAUACACGAUUCACGCAGUCAAACAGUCUCAAGGCCCACAAACUUACGCAUAAUAAAAGAAAUUUCAAUGAAGUGGCAAAUUUAUCUAUGUCAGUUGGAGACAAGCCCAUCUUUCAGUGCGACUUGUGUCCUACGACUUGUGGACGCAAGACUGAUUUAAGAAUUCAUGUACAAAAACUUCAUACCUCAGAUAAACCUCUUAAAUGUAAGAGAUGUGGGAAAUCAUUUCCGGAUAGGUAUAGUUACAAACUUCACAAUAAAUCACAUGAAGGAGAAAAAUGUUAUAAAUGCGAACUCUGUCCAUACGCUUCAAUAUCGGCCCGUCACCUUGAAUCUCACAUGCUUAUUCACACUGACCAGAAACCAUUCCAGUGUGACCAAUGUGACCAAUCGUUUCGUCAGAAGCAACUCCUCAAGAGACACCAAAAUCUUUACCAUAAUCCACACUAUGUUCCACCGGAACCUAAAGAAAAGACUCACGAAUGUCCAGAAUGUACCCGAGCAUUUAGACACAAAGGAAAUCUGAUUAGGCACAUGGCUUUCCACGAUCCAGAUCCCACUAUACAGAAGAAGCAGCUGGAAUUAAAGUUGGGCCGACAGAAGAAGAUUCGGAUAAUAGAUGGCCAACCAGUUGAGGUCAUGCAGGGAUUGGGUUCAGAAGAUGAAGAAGAGCUCGAUUUGAUGUCGGUAGAAGGAUCUGACGGACAACAGUAUGUAGUUUUAGAGGUAAUUCAUCUGGCUGAUGGAGAGGAACAAGCUGUGGUUGUAGGUGACAGUACUGGUGAAUUGUUGAGCGAAACAAUAUUACCGAACCAUGAAUUAAAUGAUGAAGUAGUAAAAGUAUUACAGUCGGCACGACGAGCAGCAAAGGAAGAACUCCAAGAGGAUCCAGACGACAAGAAAAUGGUAGAUACUGAUAUGCAGAACUGUUUUGGAUUUGAUGACGAUGAAGAAGACGAGGAUGACGAAGAUGCAGGGGAAAAAGAAGGCAUUACGCUUAUUGGUGUUGAUAUGCAUUAGAAUGGUUUUUAUUACAAUUGUUAUACAUUCAUUGAUGAAUAUAGAAAAUAUAUUAUUCUUUAUAUUAUAAAAAAUAUAAACAGACAAAAUCACUUUAUUGUACUAUCAAUUUAUUGAUUGUUUGGCAUUUUAUUAAUUUUUUAAGGGAAUGAAUUAAACAAAUUUUACAUUUUUCUUUUUAAGUUCAAAAUAUUUGCAAAAUUGCAAAUCCACCAUGAUUGUUUAGUUUUUACUUUGCAUGCCGGGAAUUAUUGUCUAUUGUAAUUUAUUAUCUCUUGCAUGGUAACUAUUUCCAGUGAAAGAAAUGACGAUACCCUGAAAUUUUAUCAAUGAUUGUAUAAACAUUUUUUAUAUAUAAUAUGAAUGAUCACAUGUAAAUUUUUGUAUAAAUAAUGCACACUUAUUUUAGUUGGUAUGUACAUAUUCUAACACUCGAUAGUUAGAUCGAUAUGUUGAGGUAUUUAAUUAAAUAAAAGUGAUAAAUACUU